AUGCCCUCCCAUGCCCUCGACGAGAAACCCGACACCUUGACCCAGAACUCUGUGAUCUCGGCGGACGACAAGUCCCAGGUGCUGUUCGACAACAAUGAGAAGACUCUGACGCGGACGGCGAGCCAGGCCAGCGGUAACACGCUCGCGAGCCGGCGGAGUCGCGCGAGCCGAGCGAGCCAGGCGCCAAGCCAUGCCCCCUCCGACGUAGAGAUUGCGGAGGCCCUCGACGCAGGCGUGACCGAGGAGCACAUCGACAACGGCGGCGACGAGCUCCCGAACGGCGGCUACGGCUGGGUUGUCGUCGUGUGUAUCCUCGCUCUGAACGCUUGUACUUGGGGUAUCAACACAACGUAUGGAGUGUUCACGGCCUUCUUCCUGCAGCACAACUACUAUGGCGCGUCGCAGCUGCAGUACGCCUUUGUGGGCGGCCUCUCGGCGGCCUUUGCCGUGCUCCAGGGCCCGCUCGCCAACUACCUCACCCGCCUGCUGGGGUACAAGGCCGUGCUGCUCAUCGGCGCAGUACUAUGUUCGCUGGGCCAGUGUCUCUCGGGCCUUACGCACAGCUUCGGCGCCUUCAUCGCGACGCAGGCUAUCGUGUUCGGUCUCGGGAUGGGCCUGAUCCUCGUGCCGUCGCAACCCCUCGUCGCGCACUGGUUCGACCGCCGCCUCUCGCUCGCGCAGGGCAUCGCGCAGGCAGGGUCUGGUGUCGGCGCCCUCAUCUUCUCCAACACGACCCCCGUGCUCAUGUACUCGGUCGGUGUCAAGUACACGUACGUGAUCAACGGGUGCAUCUCGGCGUUCGUCCUCAUCACGGCGUCGCUCCUGCUACGCGGAAGGCAUGAGCAGGUCCAGGCGCGCCAGGCACCGCUCCAGGUCAGCUUCUUCUGGCACAAGGGAUACAAGUGGCUGCUUCUGUGGGCCUUCCUGACGAUGAUGGGCUACUUUAUCGCGAUCUACACCCUCCCGUCCUACUGCACCUCGGCGCUAGGUAUGACGCAGAAGCAGGGUGGCGCCGUGCAAUCGAUUGUGGCCGCGGGACAGCUUGUGGGGCGACCGAUGUGGGGCUUCUUCAUGGACCGGUUGGGACGAGUGAACAUGGUGAUCGUGAGCUACCUGAUCUGCGGUGUUGCGACGUUAGCAAUCUGGAUGCCCGGCCGGACAUUCGGCCUCAUGGCAUUCUACGGUUUCGUGAACGGCGCCUGCUCGGGCACGAUCCACAGCGCAGCGACGCCUCUCACGGCUGCGGUUGUUGGCAUUCCGGAACUGGCCUCAGCGCUGUCGAUCUACUGGCUCACUCUCUCGAUCCCAAACCUGAUGGGCCAGCCUUUCGGCAUCAUGCUCGUCGACUACUCGCGCACCCAUCUUGGCAGGCAUGGGCCGGGCGAAUACCAGAUCGCGAUCGGGUUCUGUGCCGGCCUGUACUUGGCGGCGGCCCUUGCGCUCUUCGGUGUCAAGCACUACUUGCAGGGCAAUUGGAAGCUGUGGCAGAAGUCAUAG